AGUUCGUUUAUAGACGAAAUGUAAAAGACGUUGUGUAUGACUAUCAAAAUUCCCUUAUCGUUGAUACACAUUUCGAAGUGCGAGAAUUUAAUCACUGUAGCUUCCAUUUUGUAUCUAUUUUGCGUUUCUGUAAUAAUUAGUUGAACUGGCGUGAAUUAACAGCGUGUGCAACUCACCCGUAGUACGUUCCUGUUGGUAAUCCGUUGUCAUACGUAUUAGCCAGUCGGCUGACAGUACACGGUAGCAACUGAAAAUCAGUCACUACGGUUUUUUUUCCGACUUUAACUCCAUUUACGAAAUUGUGACUAAAAAUUGCUCCGAGUGAAAGAAAAUAUCCAUCAACUUCGUUUAUCAAACACAGGGAGCUACGAAGAAGCAGUGUUGGUCUUUAUACACAUCCGAUUAAUUAUUCGCUGUGUUCACUUCCUACCACUUUUUACGGGAACUCUUCCAAUAAAAAGGCCGUAUACAGGGUGAUGAGUGCUGAUGCAGAGUGUAGGGCCGUUCCACCUCUACGGCCUGUACGGGAGCAAGACGUGGAGGUCUUGUUGAAAUACAGCCACUGCUACCGCCACGAUGUGCAGUCUGAGCCGUCCCCGAGACCCGCGCUCACGUAUGUAGUAUCAAACGUGGCAGCAGGUAAGGUGCAAGAGAGGCAAGGCAGAGGCAAAACAGCCCGACAGCAGCCGCCGCAGCAGCACCGCGAUGUGGUUGAGGCAGAGGGAGGCGAAGAGGAGGAGGAGGUGGGGGAGGCCGAGACCAGCCGUGGCCUGCUACGGCGGCUGCUGGCCUGCUGCCUCUGCAUUAGGCUGCCACGAGGCCGCAGGUCCAGGAGGACCAGCAGAGUUCAUCCUGAAGAAGCGCCGACACCUGGCAGUCAGGCUAGGGAAGUGAACCCUGCCAACAAAAUCCCGGAAACAUACACGAGGGAGAAGCAGGAGAUGGUGUCGGCAUGGGUGCUGAGGCAUUUUGGGAGCGCCCGGGACCGCUGCAGAUGGAUGGAGGAUCUGCACGGAGAAGGCGACAGCACACAAGGGGCAGAGGCGACUAUUUCACAAACAUUUAUUUUGUUACUUGAAAAUAAAAUGUUAUGUUAAAAAACCAUUACAAUGAUGACAAUCUGCAAAGAAAUGUAUAGAACAUAACGUAUCGUUACGCCUGAAACGUAAAAUGAAUGAAAUUUCUUCACCUGAUACACUCAACAAGCAACGAAUAUUAUACAUAAUUAAGCAGGAGUGUCAAAUUGUGGAAGUCGAUCUUGAGGGUAUAAUGAUGUGUACCACACUGGCGAUCCUUGGUGAAUGAAACUGAUUAUGUGGUAGUGAUUGAGCUUGAUAAUAUUGCUUCUCAAGUGGAGAUGUACAUCAUAGUCAUUCAGCAGCAUUAGAUACAUUAUGAAAAUGAUCUCACAAAGUUGUUCAAACUUCGAAAGCCAUCUAAGGCCAACAGCUUUACCUGACGCAUCAAGGUACUGGGAUCUCCACAUGAACAAAUUCCAUAUGAUUACGCGCAGAACUCAAAAUUGUUCUUCCUUCCUUAUCACCCCAGGAAUCUAACUCUAAUACAAUAUUUUCCCAUUCUGCGGAAGAAACCUGUGUCAAAUGUAUCGAUUUGGUCGGACGGUAGUUUCAUCAGAUUUCGAUACAGUCACAAGAACAUUUAGUGCUUUAAAAGGAGAAUCUUAAAUUCCCAGUCCAAAGUCUCCAUUAGUUUCCCUUAAAACAAUGAAAAGAAGGUACGCAAUUUGCCAUCUGCAAAGACUAUAAAGCCUAUAAUCUGAAUCGUGUGAGUGAAGUUCUCUUUGUGGCGCGGCUCUGUAGCGUCUCGCGAAGAGGAUCGCACAAGGGGUCAAACAGCGUGUGUACUGUUAGCGAACUCCAGUCUACUGGGGCGUUGCAUUUGAGCACGUACCGCUAGUCUGCGACGCUGUAGACCACGUCGCGAGUCUGCCGGGAGCUGCUCUCACCGGCGUCUUCCAAUCGCCACCUUCCACUAUAUAAGCCGCUGCCGUCAGCUCUUCAACGGUCUCCUCCGCCACUUGCUACUCCCACUGAAUUUUUACUUUAUCCUAACGACAUUUCUUACCAGAGAAUGAAGAGAAAUGCAGUACUCUGGCUAAUGGGAACUGUCGUGUAGUACAUACUAAGUAUUUCCUUUCUACGAAACUAUUAUAAUGAAAUACAAUGAAUAUUUCAAAUAUAUUUAUACAUUUGUAGCUACUACCAUCCAUUCUAAUUCUGAUUGAAAAUGUGUGGGGAAAUCAGAUAUGCGAAUGCCGAAAACAUGCUUGGAAAAAAAAA